CUCCUUUGUUUGGCCAGUGGAAGUAAACGUAACAUUGACCACGUGACCAAAACCAGGAAGUGCAUUGACUGUCAACAAUAAAAGGAUAGAGAUGACUUCUGCAGACUGGCACCUGUCUUUGAAGCUGGUGGAUCAGCCCAAAUCCAUCUUCCACUUCCCAGAGAUGAUGCCAGGGGAUGUUCCACCUGGAGGAUACAGAGUCGCCACCUUAAAACAACUUGUAGCAGCUCAGCUCCCAGACAACAUCCCAGACCCUGAACUAAUAGAGUUGGUCCACUGUGGGCGGAAACUUAAAGAUGAUCUAACACUGGAUGCCUGUGGGAUUCAACCAGGAUCCACCUUACACAUCCUCAAAAAGACUUGGCCAGAGCCAGAGAGCAGUCCAGAGCCUGUGAAUAGAGCAACUGCAGCCAGGGAGUUCAGGGUGUUUCAUGCUGCUCUUCACUCUCUCAACUCUGCCUACAGAGACUCGGUAUAUAAAAUGCUUACAAAUAAAGAGUCCCUGGAUCAGAUCAUUGUGGCUACACCAGGGCUCAGGUCAGAUCCAGUUGCCCUAGGUGUGCUCCAAGACAAAGAUCUUUUUGUGCAGUUCACAGACCCCAACAUGCUGGAUGUAUUAAUCAGUACACACCCAGCCCUUGUCAACGCCAUCAUUCUGGUGCUGCACUCUGUGGCAGGCAGUAUGCCCGCUCAGUCCAGUGCCAGCUCCUCUCGCAACGUCUCUUCCAGUUCCUACAGUGAUAUGCCUGGCGGCUUCAUGUUUGAGGGCAUGUCUGACGACGAGGAAGAUUUCCAAUCUGGGAGCCCAGCAGGACCCUCCAACAGAGCAGGGGCCUCAGCAGGAAUACGACCAGUGUCUCUGAGCCACAGUGGAGCGACAGGCCCUCGACCAAUAACACAGAGUGAGCUGGCAACAGCUUUGGCCCUCGCUAGCACUCCUGACAGCAGUGCAGUCACUCCCACAACAGCAAGCCAGUCUGACCCCUCCAGUGGUGUAGCUCCCAUGCCAGCAGGGACCCCAGUCAGUAACGAUCUCUUCAGCCAGGCUCUACAGCAAGCUCUUCAAGCCACCAACAUGUCUGCCCUACAGGGCCGCUGGCAGUCCCAGAUGCAGCAGCUUCGGGACAUGGGGAUCCAGGAUGAGGAGCUGAUGCUGAGGGCGCUGCAGGCCACAGAUGGUGACAUCCAGGCUGCCCUCGAGCUCAUAUUUGCUGGAGGCCCGGGACUUUGAGCUCAUACCCAACGGACAGAGGCUUUUAUAGAGGAGAGAGCAGGAGAAAGCCUGUAAAGCUGCUGCCCAGAAAUGAUAAAUUAUGGCUUUAGACAUACAAUAUGUAAAUUUUUCUAUUAUUACCCAAUUUACCUUUUAAUAUACAGUACAUACAUCACCUUUUCAACUGAGCUCCUCAAAGGUCAUGACAGCUUUUUCUUAUGGAUGUGACGAGACUUAUAAUAAAUUUAAUCAUGCUAACCGCACAAAUCAUCAGUCGGUUUUCCUGUUAUGUAACUGGUGGCUUUGACUAUAAAUGUAUUACACUGGUCUAGGCAGUCUAAAUUAUCUACUGCAUUUACAUCGUCUUCCCGCAGCCUAUGCAGUUCCACCAUUUGUACACUAGAUGGCAAUGCUGUAAUUUAUUUCUACCCAGACAUGACUGACUCACCGGUCAUCCUAGCACACAUACUGCUUGUUUAUUUGCCUUUUCUUCCUACCCUAAAUUUAAAAUCAUGCUCUUAAUCUGCUCUUUGUUAAACUGUGUUUCAUAAACAGUUGCUUUAAUUGCAGUUUAGUGAUUUCAUUUUUCAAAGAGGACAAUAUGCUUAGACAGCCAGUAACAUAAAAAUGAAAGUUGCACGGAUAAAUUGAUAGGUUUAUUAACAAUCUCUGAGAUGUCGCUGUGCUUGUCGAAGCAUCGCUACCAUUAUCGGAGCCCCCCCUCCAACUUUUUUUUUUCCCCUCAGCCUUAUUGAAGCCGGUUACAUUUGCUUUGUCUCGUUGUCUGCCAUCAGGGUAUUUUAGGGGAGGACAUAUUGCGUGCCCCCCUCUGCUACCUACCGUUCUCCAUCUACAGUAAUUGCCCUGCUUAGUUUUAUUACUGCAUCUGUGAAUGUGACAGCUCAAUCAGUGGAUUGCCCUUUCAUGAGCACAGCACCCAAACAGCGCUUUGUGUCCGUCUGUGCCCAUUACCAUUUUAUAUGCAUGCACACCUGCGGGCAAUUUCCACCUCCCAACUGCCUCCAAGGGUAUUUUUAAAAAAAAAAGCAUUUCUACCACGCUGAAGGAAACGGUGUCAUAGCUUCAACAAAACAAUAGUGAAUAAAAGUGUCAUUGCCGUUCUAGCAAAUUUAAGAGACUUUUGUGUUUGCCCAGAAAAAAAAAUAAAACCAAGCAGGGAUAAUGGGGAAUAGUUUUGCAUUGAUUUCAGAUCUAGACAUGUCAUUUGUUUUUAGCGCUGUACAUUGUAGUAUAUCAUGUCUACUUACUGUUUUUACUGCAUAGACUACUAGUCAAGCCUCUUAACAGCAGCUUUCAGGAUAUUCUAAACAAUUUAUUGUGGCAAAUCACCAUGUGAAGUUGUCAUGGAGACACUCAAUGGUGUGUGAAAUAGCAUCACACAUAUGGUAUAGAAAAGAAGAUGUUUAUGUUCCUUUUGUUGUCACUGUGAAUAUGUUUCAAAGUAGUAUUGACUAUAUGUAGUCUCUCAGGCCUUGCCUGGUAUUAAAUCCUCUUACAAAGGAGACCUGAAAUUACAGUACAGUAUAUGAACUGAUAAGUAUUGUUUGCACCUGUCAACUCUUUCAU